ACUUUUACAAAACGAACUGAAUGUUUUGCUAAAAGGAGCUGAAGGCGCCUCGGUGUCAGUUUUGUGGUCUUUCCUUCCUUCGUUGUGAGACCAGACCUGGUGAGAGUCUGGUGAUGAAGGUGGGUGACGUGGCCUCCAGCUCUAUAAAGCUCAGAACUUCUCCAGCCCUCCUCAGACUCUCGCUAUGAUCUGUGGUGAAGAUGUGGUUCCUGCUGCUGCUCCACAUCGCUCACAUCCAGCCAGCGAUCUCACAAGCUGCUGGGAAGAGGCUGGUUCUGAGGAACGGCAGUAACCCGUGUGAAGGCCACGUUGAAGUCUUCUACAACAACGAGUGGGGGCUGGUGGGAGACAAGUUGUGGAGCCGGGAGACCGAGGAGGUGGUCUGCAGCAGCACCCACUGUGGAGAACCCGUGGGGAACGCCACCGAGAACGUCCGGAGGCUCUGGGACAGCAAAGUGUGGCUGAACGAGCUGCAGUGUAACGGGAGCCAGAAGCAGCUGUGGGACUGUGACAGUCCUGGAUGGGGCAUCAGCUACUACCAGAAACCCUUCGUCAGGAAGAUCACAUGUUCACGAAACAUCACUUUCAGCCUGGAAGGAUCCAGAUGUGCAGGAGCUGUUCGCUACUCAGACGGAGGCACGCUGGCCGGCUACAUCUGCUACGACAACAACUGGGGUGAUGACGAGGCCAGGAAAUUGUGUGAACAGCUCGGGUGUGGUGGCCUGAAGAAGAGACCCACACCUGGCCAGAUGUCUGGAGAAGCUUUCCAGAGCCUUUCUGGGAACAUGACGCUGAACUGUGCUGGAAUGAACAGAAUAGACAACCUGUGGCAGUGUGCAGCUCCAGCCUCCUGCCAGUAUCCAGCUGCUGUCAUAUGUUCAGACCACGAGAGUCUGCGGCUGACAGAACGGUGUUCUGGGACGCUGCAGAAGGAGACAAACGGCAAAUGGGAGGAUGUAAACGACAGCAAUGUGAGUCCUGACGUCAGAUGUCAACAGAUGCACUGCGGCGGCGCUCGUGGAAACGUCACGGACAGCAAACUGACAUGCACAGAUGACGUUAAAGUGGUUCUGGUGAAUAACAACAACGACCGCUGCUACGGGACGGUUCACGCUGAAAUAAACGGAAUCAGAAAAGCGGUGUGUGGAUCCUCCUGGACAAAACAAGCCGAUGUCGUCUGCAAGGAGCUCGGCUGUGGAACCGUGAACAGUGUCUCUACGAGGAGCAGCAGUCCGGGGAUCAUGGACUUUGUGGAGUGUUUGGGCAACGAGUUGUCGCUGUGGCACUGUGAGGCCAAACACGGUGAAAACCUGCCGUGUUCACGUGUUCCCUACAUCGUCUGUUCAGCGAGUCUGAAGGUGAGGCUGGCGGACGGCGGUGGAAGAUGUGCUGGGAGGUUGGAGGUCAAACAUGAGGGUCAGUGGAAACGAGUCCUCCAGAAUCAAGCCUGGACGAACCAACACUCCAACAUCAUCUGCAAACAGCUGAAGUGCGGGAUGGGAGUAGUUCCUGAAAACUCUGUAAAGUACAGUCAAGGUUCUGGUAGUUUCCUGACCGUAGACUGCAAAUCAGACAUUAGCAAGAAACAGAAGAUCACUGCGUGCAUCAUAACCGACUCAGGCAAUAAUGGCCAGUCUGCGGUGGGAAUAACCUGUGAGGAUCAUAAGGCGCUAUUUCUGAGCGGGAGCUGCUCCGGCGAGGUGGGAAUAAAAAAUGGCAGUAAAACCUUCUGGCUUUCCGAUGUGGAUUGGAACCAAGAUGUUGCAAACACAGUGUGUCAGCAGAUGCAUUGUGGGAAUGCUGUCCCUAACACUAACUCCACAUCCAGAGCUGAUGAGAUGGAGGUCUGGUCUCUGUCUUACAACUGCUCACGCAAUGAAACAUCAUUGUUUGAAUGUGCUAACACGACAAUCCCAUCAGACGUCAAUCAAAACGCAUCAAUCGCCUCCGUGACAUGUUCAGGGGAAAUCCACCUGAAGCUGACCAAACGCUGCUGGGGAAACGUCGAGAUCUCCAUGGAAGGGAAGUCUGGAGGUAUUUGUGCAGACACCUGGACAGAGGACAACUCUAGAAUGCUGUGUGAAGAGCAAGGCUGUGAGAAUAACGUCCUAAAAUCCCUCAGUCUCUCCCCGAGACAAGCUGAAAUUAUGGUCUUGAGUUUGCACGCCAUGCAGCCGACGGCGAACCUGAGCCAGUACAACUUCAUCAUGAAGCAGGACAACGAUCGCACAUGCCAAAAACCAGCCUCUGUGGUGUGCUCAGGCAGCAUUGAGCCCACAUUCAGCGUCUCCAGGGACAGCUGCUCUGGAAGCCUGGAGCUGUUAUACGAGGAGAGCUGGUUGCCGGUGUGCACGGAAGCCCUGAGUGACGUCGAUACCCGAAACACCAUCUGCCGGACGUUGAAUUGCGGUCAAGCCAUUGAGAACAGUCUUGACUUUGGACCGACACCAGCGUCCAGACAAGUCAUUACACAGAUCCAGUGUUCUACCAAUGCCACUUCACUAAAAGAGUGUAACGUCACUUCUGAAACUCGAAGUUGUACUCUUGGAGUUCUCAAAUGCUCCGGAUGGAAGACAAUGGUUCUAGAACACGAUGAACCCUGCAAAGGAGAGGUGGUCAUUUACUCGGCGGGGAAAGUGAGCGCUGUUUCCAGUGAAGGCUGGACGAAAAGCGAAGGUCAGAGGCUUUGCCAAGAUAUGACGUGCGGCAGCCCCAUUCAAUUAGAGGAAAAAGUGCCCUGGCCAACUGAUUCUUUCUUCAACGGAAGCUUUAGCUGUGCAGGUAAACCGCAAAGCAUCUGGGAAUGUGAGAAGAAAGUCCCGCCGUCGGAGAAGAAGCUGUUCAUCGAAUGUCAAAACGAGGCCCAGGUCACCCUUUCGCAGGAGUGUCACGGCGAGUUGAGGAUAAAUAACACCCAGGUUUGCAACAGUCAGUGGAAGCCGGACUAUUCCAACAGGGUUUGCCAGGAACUCAGCUGCAGCAAUGCGAUGGAUUUUACAGAAAAAGGAAAGCCGAGGCCUGAAGGGAUGUACCACCACAUCCACUGUGAUGAAUACCAUUUCAAGCUUGGCCAGUGCAGGCGAGUCCGGGGGAGUUGCAAUAGUGCAAGUCUGGUGGAAAUCGUCUGCGUUGGUAGUAUCAAGUUCAGUACCACAGAAAAAUGUGGAGGUAAUAUUCAAGUCAGUUAUCGAGACAAAUGGAAGGAAGUGUGCAUCCAGAAGGAUCUCACAAUAGCUAUGAAGCAUCAGCUGUGCCAGAAGAUGAACUGUGGAAAUUACAACAGUAGUUUCAACUCAAGAAAUACCGAGGAGAAAGAACUGGAGAUGAGUCUGGAGUGCACUGACAAUCAUCUGGAUAUCAAACACUGCGUCAAGAAAAAAACCUGCAAAAGAGUUCCUGCAGAGAUCUACUGUCAAGACUAUGAACGUCCAAUCAUCAUCACUGAAGACGAGCCGUCCAGCCUGCCUAUCAUCCUGGGAGUGAGUUUUCUGUUAGUUCUGUUGGUAGUGGUCGCUGUGGGGACUCGAUUCUAUGUUACCAGGAGAAACAGGAAGUUGAAUCCAGCAAGGAUGCUGCCAGGCAAAGAAAUGGAGUUCGAAAGCGGCGAGUAUGAGGACGUCGUAAACAGAGACGAUGAAAUGGAAGACGCGAGAGGCGGCAGAUUCAGAUCGGACGCUGAGUUCUUCAGAGAGGACGACAGACGGAGCGCUUCCUCUUUACCUUAUGAUGACAUCGACGAGGCGAUCGAAGCUCAGCCGCUGAACCCUCCGGCCAACACCACCAGAGCCAGCAACAUGCAAGAAGACAAAGUGACCUAUGAGGUGGAAGAUCCGCCUGAAAACUACGACGACAUUGACGACAUCACUAAAGCUGAAGUUCACGACGGCCCCAAACCCACAGCUGACCGUGAUGCUGCUGCUGCACCUCCGGGGCCGGUGCCGGGGGGCGAGGACUACCUGGUGCCGGGUCAAGAUGGGUGAGACAAAGCCAGGUUUAAAACCCACUGAGACAAAGUGCAGGAUCCCAAAACCUCCUUGUACUUGGAUAAAAAUGGAAAAAAAAAACUAAUUAUCAACAAUUUUUUUUGAAUGCAACAAGAAAUAAACCUACAAACAGUGCAAAAACGGCUGAAACAAAUUGAAUUAACAUCAUUUGAAAUAUUAUUAUAAAUAUAAAACUUGAUUUGUUUAUUCUAAUAGGUUUUGUGUGACGUCUUACUUUCGCCAAUAGUGCCUUAUUAAAUGUGGCAGGCUGCAAUUAAAUUCAAGAUGAAGAAAAUAUAAAGUAAAAUUUUGUAAUUUCAGUUUUGUAUCUUUCUCAUUUUUUUAGUGUAAAUCUGCUGCCUGUGACUGAUUUGUAGCUUUUGUUGUAACAAGCAUCUUUUAUAUGAUGUAUAUGAUGCAAACAGCUUCUCCUACAGUAUUCUAUGAUGAUUAUUUUUGCAGUAACUUAUCAGUUGCAUCAAAACAUACAUAAAUACGAGUUGUCCAACAUAAAUACUUCCAUAAAGCACAGAGACACCAAAAAUAAAAGAAAUGCUACACGAAUCCAACUCUAUAUUAUCACAUCUGUUGUGUAGGCUGUGUAGGUAAAUUUAACUUCAUGCUAUCACAUUAUGAUUUUAAAAGGUGUAGUUUCAUUUGAUGUCGGGAAACAGUAAGAUUAGCUGGAUUAGCCUUUACGGUCAUGACUAUGUUAAGCUAAGCUAACUAGCUUCAUAUUUUGCAUAAAAAUGUGGGAUCAGUGUUGAUUUUCUUGAUAAACUUUGUGCAAGAAAAAUGAAUAAGCAACCCUCUUGAAAUAUGAAAAUUGUGGUUUAAAUAUAUUAUGUUCUUUAAAAGAUUUUUAAAAAACUAUAUGCAGUGUUUCAUUAUUUUUAACUUAUACAUAUAGCAUAUACUAAUAUUAGUUAGCAAAUGCUAUAUGUUAAAAAUAACAUUUUCAACAUUUUAUAAAAUGAGCAAAGACACCAUCCUCUCAUUGCCUUUCUUUCUCCACAGAUUACAAAAUGUCGAAACUGCCUACUACACUAGUAUUACGUACUGAUUUGGUCAAAGUGCAGCACGUAACAUGCAAAAAAAAUGCCAAAAAUACAUGAAUCUUGUACAAAUUCAAUAAAAAAUGUUCAGCAUGGAUUAAACCAGUCUAUCUCGGCUACUGUGUGAGGAGACAGAGGAGACAUGAAGUAUUAAAAAUACAGAGCUGGUAAAUAAGAGAAAAUAUUACUACCAUACCAGCAUCUGUAUUAAAAUAAGAACUAGAAAAGCACUCACAAAGCGCAGCACUCCGCCAAGGCUGCUCAUUCCUUGUAUUGUUUCCGAUGGAUAAGUAAUGAUAAGUUCAUAGCGGUGGAUUUGUAGUAGGAUCACAAUCAUGUGAUCGUCAGCAGGGAGAUGAUGUAAUGUUCACUUGCUGUCAUAGUUACAGUGACGCCAUGUCGCUAUCUGGCAAUGAAAUCUCUUUAACAAAUCCAUGGAUCCAGACUAUAAGCUGCAUCACUGGCAAAAUCUAAUCACUUGGUCCUUGUGUCAUUUCUGACCUUCACUGAAAAUUCCAUCCAAAUCCGUUUGUCCGUUUUUGAGUAAUGUUGCAAACAGACAGACAGACAGACAAACCAACGCCACAUAACUCCGGCACGUUCCUUGGUGGAGUAUUAAAAAUACAGUCAGUUUGCAGAAUUGAUAGAAGCUGAUUUAGUUGCAAAAAAAGUUUUCUUUUAAAUUAUCACAUUUUUUAAACUUCAAACAAAUGGCACAAAAGUGGAUGCUAAACAUUAGCUGUGCUAUCGUUUACUUCUGCUUUUCAAAACCAGCCAAACCUCCUCUAGCAUAAUGCGAAAUAAUACGAUUUAACCGUUUCAUAGUGCUGCUAAUGUAAAACGUAACAUGCAGUACAUACUACUAGUAUGUAGUAGGUGGUUUUGCAGCUUGUGAUGAAUUUUGAGCUGCAACUUGAAAUGCACAUUCUAAACAUGUUAGACUUACAUUAACUUGUUGAAAAUAUGUAUAAUGUGGGACCUUUAAAACAUAAAGUGUAAUGAGUUCUGUUGGCUGUUGUUGUCGUCUUAUAUUUUAAAUUUAUUUUGCAUCUAGUGACUUUCCUACUUGACUUUUUGUGCACUGUAUCAAAAAAAGAUCCAAACUGCAAAAAAAAAAAAAAAAAAAAAAAAAAUGCAGAUGGUUGAGCUAAAAUACUCUGAAUUGAUGAAAAAAUGCAGUUUUAUAGUGACUUUUUGUACGGUCUGUUCAUGUUGUGUUCUUUCCUUACUUUUUCAUCAGAGUAAAGCUUGUGUGUGUUGCUG